GAACGCGAAACAAAAUAAUUUUGUGAAUGACAGCUUCAUUAUUAGAAUUUAUUUUCUAUAUUGUUACAGAUUUUUGUGAUUUUGUCCAAUUGUGUAUUACUUUUAUUUCAAUUAAUGUUUUAGUGUGACAUAAAGUGUUCUUAUAGCGCUACUGAAAUGGUUAUUGAUGGGUUAGAUCCUGUAAUUCUAUCAAAACUAACUUCUCAACAAGUGGAGCAAGUAACUUGCAUAGAAUGUUGUAAGUACUUCAUAGCCCCAGCCACAGCGGCGUGUGGGCACUCACUCUGCCAUGCUUGUUGGAAGGGUCGGCGCUCCUGCCACACUUGUGCAGCUCCUGUGGACAAAAAGACUUUGAAAAUAAACAUUCCACUGCAAACCCUCACUGAGCAUGUUCACACUCUUAGUGACGCAUUCGAAAAGCUUUUUAAUGUCAAGUUAGAUGAAUUUGCAUUGGAUUUCCCAGAAGUCAUGCAGUCAAGUGAUCCAACUAAAAAUGUGAAAGACUGGCUGGCAAGCUCACAGAAUCACUUCUCAGCUCCAGUUCUAAGUUCUCAGACAUCUGAACAAGACCAACAUCAGUCUGUAGAACUUUCUAAAAGUAAAAUCCAAAUUCACACUCAUAAAAAGAAAACUGAAAGUCCUGAAAAAGUAGUUCAACCUCCACAACCUCAAGAAGAUUGGGAUAAAAUAGAAGUCUUACCUGAUACUGAAGAUAUUCCACAAAAGAAUAAGGAACAUGGUAUUGGUCCCAUGGAUUUAGAACCAUUUUUCUUUGAUGAAAUAGAAUAUUCAAAUGACAAUCCUCGUAGAAGUUCCAGAAAGAGAGAACUAAAAACAUCUGACACAGAUCCACCAAAACGAGAUGUCUCCGUUGAUAAAAAUAGUGCAAAGAACUCUAGUAUUGACACUGAUAAAAAGUCACUUAAAACCAAACAGACUUGGAACAAUGUUAAAAAGAUGAGAAAGGAAUUUAGCCGAUUAAAUAAAAAGAAUAAAAGUAAAUUAAAUGUUUCAAUUGAAAUGUGCAAAAAGGCUCAAAAUGCUGCAAAUAAAGCUAAACUUGUGGCACACCAAACUGAUUCAGAACAGGCAUUAUAUAAUAUUGAUGACAAUACACCAGUUGUUGGUAAAAAACAAGCAGAAAGUAGUGACAAAUCUAACCCAGACAGCCAUAUUAAAAUGGCGAGCUUAUUAAGUGCAGGUAUUAAUGAAAAAGACAAAGAACAAGGAGGAAAAGCUGAUAAAACAAAAAAUUCUCAGAAAAAAGCAACCGAUGAAGAUAUACAAAUGGAAAUGGAAAAUAUGGAGAAUAUAGAGAAGGUUGCUGACACUCUUCGAAACAAUGAGCCAUCUACAAAUCUACAUUCAAGAGACGAUAAUGGUGAAGCCAAUAUGAAUAGUAAUAGUGCAAAAGCCCAUAUGCCAUUUAUUAAAAAAAGUUCAUUAUGUCAAAAAAAAUACAACUUAGAUGACAAUAGUGUACAAAUUACCCAAAAUGAAGUUGACACAAAUCCUAAGAACGUAAAUACAGAUGACAUAGAAAUUUCUAUAAAAAUAGGAAGUACAAUUACUAACAUAGUUAUAAAAAAUAAAAAAACUGAUGUAGAGUUGAAAGUCAAAACAGACCGUGAAGUGCAAACGUCUUUAGGACCAUAUUGCCUAUCUAAUAAAAAUGAUAUAGGAUGUUCGCCACUUAAAUCUGUAAAUGUUCAAAAUAUUGAGGUAAAUGUUGACGAAGGGAAGAAAGUAGUUUUGAAUAAAUCUGCAUCAACAAAGAAACACACAGCUUCAGCAGAUACAGCUACAGCUACCGCGCAGUUUGAAAUUACUGAUAGUGUAGAAAAAGAACUCUCAGAUGUAAUGGAUUGCAUAGAAACUAAAAGCAAUAAAAACAAAAUGACACAAAAGUUAACAUCAGUAGUUGCUAAAUCUUCUCAAGUAAAGGAAUCUAAAUGUUCUCAAAUAAAAGAAGGUGGAGACAAUGAACAAGCAGUUGCUGAAGAUAUGGAAUAUUUAAAUGAUAUAGAUAUAUUCAAUAGUGGUUCUGUUAAAGAAUCUAAUGUAAAACUGCUUAAAGAUACAAAAUAUGCGCCCUCUGAAAUUUUGAUGCCUACAAUGAAAAGUAAGAAAUCUCAAAAGGUGGUUGAUAAGAGAAACAGAGGUGUAAAUGAUGAUAUAGAAUUACCUAGCAGCAAAAAGCAAAGAAUUGAUUUGGAUGAGUCCGAUAAAUGCGAAAAUGUUGCAGCUAUACAAACACAAUCUAGACCUGUGGCAAACGAUAGCGAACCUAUGAAUUACGACGCGGUAAUGAGCCAGGUGUUUGCUACUAUUGAUGCCGAAAUUAAAAAUACCGAUAGUACUAAGCAUACACAGAACAUUAGACCGAAUGAAAGUGAUCAAAUUCAACAACCAAGUCAAAUAAUUCACAAGACACAAAAUUUACCACGCAAGAAUGCAUCUGUAACUGAAGAACAGAACAUUUCUAAUGUAAAAGAAGUAACAAAUCAAAAGUACAGUGAAAAUGUGUUUUCUAUGUUGGACAAAGAUAGUGAGCCUCUUAAUGUUUCUGGGAAGAACAACAAUCAGCUUCCCGGCAGCUCUACCCAACAACACAUAGAGAACCUGCUUACACCAGGCAUGUGUCGUGAUUUAGCGUCACAUGACUCUAACACUCAAAUGGACAAAGACAUUGAAAUGAUAGAACCUGUACUUGGAACUCCAGUGGUCGACAAUGAUGACUCAGACAAAAGUGUAGUUGAGGAGACACCACAAAAGAAUGUCUCUUUUACAAAACCGAAACAAACAGAUGCAUUUAAAACCAUGAAUAUUGAGAAGCAAAAGCCAAAAGAUGUGGAAAAUAAAAUGUCAGAUUCUCAAAUAAUAAGAAGCAUAAUAAACAUUUCGGAUACGUCGGUAGAAGCAAGUAAAUUGAAAGACACUACCGUGAUUGAUAUAGUCAAGAAAAAGCAGACUUUGGAGACCCCACUUACCAUCAAUAAAUUCGUUAAUCAUAUUAAACAUAAUUCUACGCCGGUAGCAAGGAAGUCGCUCAAUUUCGAGAACGAAAAUCUGGAUGAUCCAGAACAGACGUUAUGCCCGACAACGACACAAGAAAAGGAAUUUUUAGCUAAAGCCUUCGAACAAACGCCUACUUCUCCUGUAAAGAAGCCUUUACCGUUAAGGCAAAUACAGAAAAAACUUGAUAAAAAGUACUUUGUUGCGGGUUCGUGUUUGAGUUCCGCUGAAACCAGGAACUUAAAGGUAUUAUGUAAUGAACGUGGCUGGACAUACCUUGACAAAUACACUAAUGAUUUAACACACCUUGUGGUGGGCGUGGAUGAGGAAAACAAAUCACAGAGAUCAGUAAAGUAUAUGUGUGCCCUGGCGGCAUCUAAAUGGAUUGUCUCUUACACUUGGGUCGAAAAAUGCUUGCAAUUGAAAACUUUCGUUGAUGAGUUGCCUUACGAAGCCUUAGACGCGUGUGGCGAGCCGGGGCCUAGGCGUUCUCGUACUGCUGUUAAGAAAAUCUUCGAUGGAAUGACCUUCUACUGUAUGCCGCCGUUCAGUGUACUAGAUGUUGACACUUUGAAGCAAAUGCUAACAGUAGCUGGGGGUCGUGUGGUGGAGGACCCUCGCGGAGUCAAAGUCACUCCUGACAACUCUUCCAAAGCGGCACUCCUGCUGGCUGAACCGGAACACACGCAAGAGGAUCGAUUUGUUUACCUGGCUAUGGAGCAUAGUGUGGUUCCAGUGAACUACGAGUGGGCACUCAACUGCUUAGGCACGUACACUGUAGGCAGCAUACACGACCUGUUACUGUGUCCAUCUACCCUGCUCCCGCCAGCUACCGCCAACUGGCCAGCCAUACUACUGUUACAUGAGGAAGAUGACGAUUGAUGACGUCAAGAAAGGCCAUUAUAAUGAUUUAAAGAACUACCCAGAUCAACACACACAACAAGCACAUCACAUCGUGAAGCACAUAAUGGCGUCUUGUUCAUGUUUACUUCAUUAGUACUACCCAAACAAAGAAAUCUGUGACCAAAAAGAUCGGAUCAUUUCGGCAUCUUCUGAAUUUUCCCACAAAUUAUUAUCGAAGGCCUUUAAUCACAGAGUUAAAACACACGUACAGAUUUAUAAUGUAUGUGCAACACACGGCUAAUUUUGCAGUGAUAUAAUCGCGAUUGUAGAAUUGCAAGAAAGGGGCUAGAAAUAAUGAAUUAAAGUUACAAUGAAUCACAACAAAAAAAGGUGUCUAUGUAAUCUAUAUCUAAUUAUCUAUUAUUUUGACUGGUCCGCUGCAAAAAUCGCCAUGUUUGCACUUAUUGAAGAAUAAAAAAUGUAUUUUUUGUAAGGAAUUAAAUGUUACGUUUACAUUUGUAAACUCAUUA